CAGCAUCUUCAUGUUCUGACAGCGACAGCGUCUCCAUGUUCCAACAGGGUUCAAAUGACGGCUGUGAGGAAAGAUCGACAAAUAAAACAACGCCACAGGGAAAUUCAAAAAAAUGCCGGAAAAUAUUAUAGCCAGAAAAUCCAACACUAUCGCACCCUCUAUUGCAUUGCACUGUCAGAGCUCAUCGACUACUACAGAUCUGUCGGUGAUCUACUUGAGGCUGUCAUCGAUGCUAGAACAACCAAGGGCCCAGGAGUUGUACAACUGGCAUAUUUCAAUACGGAGAAUGGAAUGUCGGAGUUCUGCUCAGUAGAAGAGGUAGAAAGACCAAGAUGCUUGAAGCUCACAAAGACCAACAUCGAUGACAACAACCGAGAAGAAGUCGUACUGCGCAUUCAGGGUAUCAUUUGUGGUUCAAGCCUCCCACCGGUCAAACGGCCGUUUAAAAUUGAGCCAAAGCAGCGAAGAUAUAUCAAGCAAUCGUUAGCCUUGACAGGACUUGGGGCGAUGAAAUUUUAUGCCAUGAUUGAAAACAUUUAUGACAUACAGCAUGUUUUUGAGAGAUUGCUACCCCACAACACCAUGGAAGAGUGGGUUCCCAGUUACUACGAAACAUUUGAAGCAUUGGAUAUGGGCAACCGCUAUUUCACUGACCGGUGUGACAUAAACGGUGACACUCCUAUUUCCUUCAGCACUGAAAUCGACCCUGACAAUAUACUUACCGAUGCAUUGUCUAACAAAUUUGUUCACCUCCAAGAAAACAAGGUUGAAUACUAUGAAGCGCAACAAGGAUCCGAUAGUGUUAUACGAUACUACAAAAUCAACCCAACGAAGAUACGAACAGGAGACAUUGUGGAAGCGCAGGUAUCGUUUGUUGCCAUACCGCUUAAGCAGAAAAAAUACAAGGUACUGGUGGUGCUUCGAGCCAUCACUCUAUUAGAUUGCAGUCCACUACGAAACGCAAGUAUUGCGCGUCGCAUGAGCCGAGGCGCUGAACCGCAUCGAGCCAGCCAGUCUCUAAAGCGGAAGAUUGGAUACGAAGAGGAUGAGGUGCAUAACACCAGGGAGAAGUUGAGCAGGAUGCAUCUGGACUGA